UUCCUUCAUCUUCUCCUUCUAUACCCUAAUAACCACCGCCGCCGACACCAUGGCCGUCAAUCAAACCAUAACAGAUGGCCAAACCAUCAUCUCAGCCGAAGAAACCUUCGAGCUCGGCUUCUUUAGCCCCAGCAACACCACCAACAAUCGGUAUUUAGGAAUCUGGUACAAACGGCUAGCAGCCGGCACCGUCGCUUGGGUCGCCAACAGAGAAACCCCAAUUGCGAACAAAUCCGGUGAGUUAACUCUCAAUCCCGAUGGAGUUUUGGUGCUUCGUGAUUCAAUCACCAAUAGAAUCAUGUGGUCGUCUAAUGCAACAUCUACUAUACAAAAUCCGGUAGCUCGAUUGCUGGAUACCGGAAAUCUGAUGGUGGUUGACGGCGACGAUGAUUCAAAUGAUCCGGAAAAUUACAUUUGGCAGAGUUUCGAUCAUCCUACUGAUACAUUUCUACCGGAUUUGAAGUUUGGGAGGAAUUUGAAGAAGGGGGUAGUGACGAAUUUCACAUCGUGGAAAUCCGAUGAUGAUCCAUCUGCAGGUGAAUUUAUGAUUUAUAUGGAUUUCAAUGGUCUCCCACAGGUUUAUCAGAAAAGGGGAGAUCAGAUUCAAUAUCGACUUGGAUCGUGGAACGGUCUUCGAUAUACCGGCAUGGCGAGUUUGAAACCGAAUCCGAUUUUCACAUUUACACAUGUUUCGAACGAAAACGAGAUUUACUACAAAUUCGAACUGAUUAACAAGUCGGUUCUGACGAAGAUGAGGAUAAGUCCGGCCGGCGAUAUGGUUCGGUUGAAUUGGAUUACCCGAACCCAAGGAUGGUUUUUGUUUUCAACACCUACGGUUGAUAACUGUGUCCGAUAUCAAUUAUGUGGGCCCUACGGGAGUUGCGAUAUCGAGCAAUCUCCUUCGUGUGCAUGUUUGAGAGGGUUUACGCCCAAGAAUCCAACGGAAUGGGGUGUGGCAGAUUGGACGAGCGGGUGUCGAAGGGAGAUAGCGUUGGAUUGUGGGGUCGGAGAAGGGUUUCGGAAGUACUCGUGGGUGAAGUUACCGGAUACUCGUAAAUCGUGGUUUGACCCGAAUAUGACGUUGAAACAAUGCGAGGUGAAAUGUAAAAACGAGUGUAAUUGCACGGCGUAUGCGAGUUUGGAUAUUAAAUACAAUACCGGGUGUUUAUUAUGGUACGAAGAACUUGUAGAUAUCAGAACGUAUUCUGAUGCUGGACAAGAUAUAUUUAUACGAUUGGCUGCUGCUGAA